AUGGGAAUGAAAAUGAGUGGAAGUAGUAUGCAAAUGAAUGCAAAUACUUGGUCUACAGAAUGGACAAUGCAGCCAUGGAGUUGGAGUGUUGGACCUGAAGUAACUUCACCUAUAUUUACAUCAACAUUACCUCCAAUAAUCAAAUCUGGACAACAACAUGUAGAAGGAGGUAGAAGACCAAAUAUUGAAAUAUUUUGUGCUCGUCAUCCAAAUAAUCCUAAAUGUCAAGGAAGGCCAGAAUCUCCUAUUCAAAAUUUAAUCCCCCAAACAACACCUACUCAACCUCAAAUUCCAAUUGAAGAACCAAAAACAAAACCAAUGCCUUUUGGCUAUUUGGAUGCUGAAGCUCGUGAUGCAAUUAUUAAAAAUUGUAAAAGUGGAAUUGUUGACUGUAAAUCCCAACCAUUUGGAAUGGAACAAAAGAGAAAUAUGGUUAUUCAACAUGAAAUGGAUUUUGCUAGAAAACAAUAUUCUUCUUCUUCCUCUUAUUUAUCCCCUGGAUUAAUAUCAAAAAGAAUUGAUUUAAUACAGGAAUUAAAAUUAAAAAUGAUUAAAGUUGCUGGACUUGGAGAAUAUGUAACUCCAGUAAAUGAUGGAACAUUUGAACAUGACGUUUUAUUAACAGAAAGUCAAGCACAAAAUUUAAUAAAUGCUUUAGAUCAAACUCCAUAUCCUUCAAAUAAAAAAUAUGGGUAUGGACAUGGAAGGAGUCAACGUUCUUCGUUAUUUCUUGAUCAAUUACAAACACAAAGAUGGCCUAUUGGGGAAUCUAUUAAAUAUUUUAUUGAUGCAAAUAUCGGUAGGAAAUAUACAAUAAAUUUUUUUAAUAGCCCCCUAAGGCUUUGGGGUUAA